UGAAUCUGAACAGAAAGUCGUCUCGGUGGUGACUUUAUUUGGCGGUGACAGACGCAUGAAGGGCUGCAGGUUGCGUUUGUCAGGCUGGUUUUCUUUCUUUGUCGGUUAUUUCAUUGUUUGCUCAUCGGCUUGUGGAAGUUCGCCUGCAGGGAGCAAGGCACGAAUGCAAAACAGGACAGCAAACAAAUGAGACUGAAGGGGAGAGGAGAGACACUGUGAAGGAGCUGUUAAAGAACCCUGCCAUGUCCGGUCCCACCUGGCUCCCACCGAGGACUCUGGAUAGCCCCGAGCGAGGCCCCCAGAUGUCUCACUCUGCUGGGUCAGCAAUCUACCGAGCCCCCAAUAAGAAGGGGACGUCCGACUUCUGGCCUAAAUAUGGCCACUACGACCAGAACGGAGGAGGAGGAGGUGGAGGAGGAGGAGGAGGAGGUGGUGGUGGUGGUGGUGGUGGUGGGAUGGCCAACAGGUACAUGGCAACUGGACCCACAGGUGGGCCCGUUCAUCAUUCGUCUGGCGAUCACUAUUACCCCCCUCCCCAUGGUCCCAAAGAAGACCGCAACUGGAGCCCUCACAUGGACAGUUACGAGCUGAUGCACCGUGGUGGUCCUGAAAAGCCAGCCAACUAUCACUCCAAAAUCGACGCUGAUAUCGACUCCCUCACCAGUAUGCUCGCAGAUCUGGACAGCAACCCGCAGGACGCCAGCACACAACUGUACGACAAUGUGCCUUACAACAAGUACCUCUCAGGGGAUCACUACAAGCCUGCUCACCAGAGUGCAGGACCUCCUCAGGGUCGGCCAUCCAUGGGCUACCCCCCUCACCCCCAGAGCCAAUACCACCAGGCCCCCCGCUACGCCGGCGAGCACCAGUCCCCUCAGUACUCCACCUCCCACCAGCAGGACUACUACUCCCCCUCUUCGACCCCUAAGCCGUACCCUCAGCCCGUCCCGGCCUCCUACACCACUGCCUCCACCCCCACGGGGCCGAGGUUCAGCGUCCAGGUCAAGACGGCUCAGCCAGUCACCUACUCUCAGACGGGGAGGCAGGCCGAACAGGCCUACACGCCACCCCCUCCUCGCCAGCACGUGUCGCGGCCCCCACCACAGACAAGUCCGCAGGGCUGGUACCCUCCACAUCCCGGAUCACAAGCUCAGGAGAUGCACUCUGAGGUGGUGUACAAGGGGAGCAGCUCAGGACCCGGAGGACGAGUGAACCAGGUCCCCCAGUCCAAGAGAGGGAUGGAGAAUCAUCAAACAGGGUCGGGGGCUGCACUGAGUCCUGCUUAUCAGUCCAGCAAGCAGGGUAUGGCAACACCCCGGCCUGAGGAAGAACUGGAUCGACUUACCAAGAAGUUGGUAUAUGAUAUGAACCACCCCCCUGUGGAGGACUAUUUUGGCCGCUGUGCGCGGUGCGGUGACAACGUGGUCGGUGACGGCAGCGGCUGCAUCGCCAUGGAGCAGGUGUUCCACGUCGAGUGCUUCACAUGCAUCACCUGCCACGCCCGUCUCCGGGGGCAACCCUUCUACGCCCUCGACAAGAAGAGUUACUGUGAGAGCUGUUACAUUAGUACGUUAGAGCGCUGUUCAAAGUGCUCCAAGCCCAUCCUGGACCGUAUCCUGCGGGCCAUGGGGAAGGCCUACCACCCUCGCUGUUUCACGUGUGUGGUUUGUAACUGCUGCUUGGACGGGGUGCCCUUCACCGUAGAUGCCACCUCUCAGAUACACUGCAUCGAUGACUUUCAUAGGAAGUACGCUCCUCGUUGUUCGGUUUGCGGUGAGCCCAUCAUGCCUGAACAGGGCCAGGAGGAGACCGUGAGGAUUGUAGCUCUGGACCGCAGCUUCCAUGUUAACUGUUACAUCUGUGAGGAAUGUGGUCUCCUGCUGUCCUCUGAAGGGGAGGGUCGAGGCUGUUACCCGCUGGACGGCCACAUCUUGUGUAAGAGCUGCAGCGCGUGCCGCAUCCAGGACCUCUCGGCCAAAAUCUCCACUGACUGCUAACAAUCCGCUCAGCAUUCUCGUGAAUCCACAUAAUACGCAUUAUUGAUGGUUGCAGACAGGACAUGCCCCUGUGAGGUGCUUUUUUUUUUCUCUCUCCGUUGCUCUAUGACAUAAACUUUGCUACAGUUCCCUCUGUUGGUAUCCGGCUGUAAUUUUGUUUGCAGAGGAACAUUUUCCUGAAAUGGAGCAAACACCUUUCAUUCUGAUGUCCUACUAUGUUUUCUUUCUUUUAUCAUUUUGGUACACAGCUGCCCCAUUUUUCAGCUUUAGUUCAACAUUAGUAUGACAGUGGCCUGACCUGCAGGCAGCUUGGGCUCCACUUACCAUUUCCUCGGUACUGCUAAACUAUUAGCUUGCACAUUAUUAAAAUAAAACUGGCAAAGACGAUGAAAGUAUGGAAGGAUAUCACAGAUUAAGACCUUUUUUAAAAAAAAAGAGGGUUUGUUUUGCAGCUUAAAUAAUAAUUAGGCUUGCCUAAACUAUCUUAACGAUGAGACCUGUACAUUUGUAAAACACUAAACGUCAAAGAUUCAGAACUGCCUCAAAACAAACAUAUUAAAAAGCACAUAAUGCAACAACUGUGACUGUACAUAACUGGCCGGUUUGGUUUGACAAUGAAACUGCCUUUAGUGCAGUGAAUCUUUGCAGAGAAGUAGCCUCAUAGCAGGAGAAAUGUAGACGAAAAGGAAUGUGUAGUUAACCUUACAAACAAGCCGCUUUUUUUUUUUUUCUCCCUUUUAGCUUUUAUUAAAUGCUAGUACAAUAUUUGCUAGAACAAAUCUCUCAUUCAUCAUUACAACAUCAUGUUUAGUUGUUUAAUCAGAGCUCAUAACAGGAUUGUUGCCAUUUUUUUUCAUCCAGAAUAACAUUUUUGAAUGUCUACGAAACACAGUCUUUUGUUUAACACUUUGUUGUUGGUUGAUACUUGACUGUUACAUUGAAGACGAUGGUGCAAUGAAGUCAAAUGCUUUCUUCUGUCUUAGGAAAACGGGGUGUUGGGUCACUUUUGUGGCUUGAAAGCAUCCUAUUGUUUUUGAAGUUUGAGCCUCAUGUGAAACGUUUGUACACGUGUCAUUUGGAGGAAUUAUGAAACUAAAGUUAUACUCAAUUGAAACUAUUUUGGGUAAAUGGAUUUACUUAAAUACUUUUACAUACCGGUUAUUCUUUAUAUUUGACAAAAUGUGAUGUAAUUUUUACCCAAAAAACACUGAUGGUGAUUUUGAAAUACAGCUCUUCACUUGUGGAUUUGAUGUUUUUGUUCAUUCUUGCACUCAUGUGGGCGAGUUGCUAUUCUCUGAGACUUUGGAGCUUCAGUAUUUGUUAUGAUUUGUGUUUAACCUGUUGUCUUUCCGUCCUGAUUAUGUAUUUGUUCAACUUAAAGGGCUAGAACUUUGAAAGCCUUUUCUCAAGGAUGUCAUUCAGUUUCAUAAUCAUUUUUGUCUGUGAUCUCUGCUUUUUCAUUUGUUGAUCAUGCUAAAACGCUUCCGCUUCAUUUUUCGUCUCUUGUUAAUUUAUUUACUGCAUUAAUCUGCUUUUUGUCAUCAAGGCUAUCAUUUUAUUCAUGCUCAGAAGUGUCAUUUUUUUUAAAAUCCCAACCCAUGCCAACUCUUGUGUUAUUCUCCUCAAAUCACAUCAUUUUGAUUUAGUUACACUCAAUCAUUUAUCAUCCUUACUGUGUGUUCAGUUUGAAAUGCUGUGACUUGGAGCUUGUAGAUCAAAGCCUGAGGCAGUGCAGCAGACCUCUGUCCACCGGUGACUUCAUACGGAGAAGAAAGGCCAUUUUUUACAGACUAAACAGGUUGAUGAAGUAGGAAUGGCAGUUACAUAAACGGGAGAGCACGUUGAACACACGGGUGGAUUUUUCUCCUAAUAUACAGGUUGUAGUAACAUAA